AUGAAGAUAACACCAUUUAUCGAUCUCAUUACCCAGUUGGCCUACACACCUCCUACGUGGGCAAGUCUAGUUUCCGGUGUUUUUGUACUCAUCACUCUUACUCUUUCAAUAUAUCUUGUGUUUGAGCACCUUUCUGCAUACAAACUUCCAGAGGAGCAAAAGUUUUUAAUUGGUGUUGUCCUCAUGGUUCCGUGCUAUGCAGUAGAAUCAUUAAUAUCGUUGGUGAACCCAUCGAUAAGCGUUGAUUGCGAGAUUCUACGGGAUUGCUAUGAAUCCUUUGCCAUGUAUUGCUUUGGAAGAUACUUGGUUGCAUGCUUGGGUGGGGAAGAGAGGACUAUCGAGUUUAUGGAAAGGGAAGGACGUGCAAGUUCUAAGACUCCCCUAUUAGAAUAUAGUUCUGAAAAGGGAACUGUUAAGCAUCCUUUUCCAAUGAAUUAUAUCUUGAAACCAUGGAAACUUGGUCAAUGGUUUUACCAAAUUGUCAAAUUUGGAAUUGUUCAGUAUAUGUUAAUUAAGUCUCUCAGUGCUAUUUUAGCUGUUAUCCUUGAAGCUUUUGGUGUAUAUUGUGAAGGAGAAUUUAAAUGGGGAUGUGGGUAUCCUUAUCUUGCAGUGGUUCUAAAUUUUAGUCAGUCAUGGGCGUUGUACUGUCUUGUUCAAUUUUACGCUGUUACAAAAGAUGAACUAGCUCACAUAAAACCAUUAGCCAAGUUUUUGACAUUUAAAUCAAUUGUUUUUUUGACAUGGUGGCAAGGCGUGGCAAUUGCUCUUCUUUAUGCCCUGGGUUUGUUCAAAAGCCCUAUAGCUCAAGGCUUACAGUUUAAGUCAAGUGUUCAGGACUUCAUCAUUUGUAUAGAGAUGGGCAUUGCUUCUGUUGUUCACCUAUAUGUGUUUCCUGCAAAGCGUUAUGAGCUGAUGGGAGAUCGUUACACUGGAAGUGUCUCAGUUCUUGGAGACUAUGUAUCGGCUGACAGUCCUUUGGAUCCCGAGGAGGUUAGGGACAGUGAACGCCCCACGAAGCUACGCCUUCCCAAUCCUGACAUUGAUGUCAGAAGCGGAAUGACCAUAAGAGAAAGUGUUCGGGACGUUUUUGUUGGUGGCGGGGAAUAUAUUGUGAAAGAUGUGAGGUUCACAGUAACACAGGCAGUAGAGCCGGUAGAGAAGGGGAUCACCAGGUUCAAUGAGAAGCUACACAAGAUCUCCCAAAACAUUAAGAGACAUGACAAAGAGAAAAGAAAAACGAAAGAUGACAGUUUUAUAGCGGCAUCAUCACCAGCACAGAAGUUGAUUCGUGGGAUAGACGACCCUCUUUUGAAUGGAAGCAUGAGUGACAGUGGGGUUGCAAGGGGAAAGAAGCAUCGUCGAAAAUCUGGAUAUACCAGUGCAGAAAGUGGGGGGGAGAGCAGUAGUGAUCAAAGUUACAGUGGGUAUCAGGUAACAGGCCGUAGGUGGGUAACCAAAGAUUAG